UGGUUUCUUGAAUAGCAACCUCCUCCGCCACCGCCUCGCCCGCCACGCCCUCGCUGGCCGUUCGCGACAAUUCUCGUCGUCGCUGCCCGGCCACGACCCAUCAGGCGCAACCUCAGCGCACUCUGACAACCCCGCAGCGUCCGCGUUCAAUCGGCGUGCGCUAGCCCUUAUCUCACACGGCCUUGCUGUCGUUCGUGGCUCCAUCAGACCGUCCACCGACUGCUGCGGCGCCCGCCCCUGUCGGUCGAUCCUCUGCGCACUGCUCAAUUUUUACUCUACCACCUCCAGCACAUUUCUACCAUGACUGACUCCCCAGAUGGCACCGAAUCGGUAGGAGCCGAGUCGGGCGAUGACGGACAGCUCACCAUCCGCAUUCCUAACCCAAAAGUCUACAUGGCGCGUCAGUCGCAGUGGAAGGGCCGCAGAGGAAAGCCCCGCUGUGAUCACUGCCGUUUGAACAACCUCAAGUGCGACCGCGUCUUGCCCACAUGUAAUCACUGCUCGUGGGCAAACGGGCGUGAAUGCAAGUACACGCCGUUACCGACUCCUGCACAUAGGGGCAUCCCGAGAUGCGACAGGUGUCGCCUCAAGAAUCUCAAGUGCGAUCGCAGUCUGCCCAUAUGCAACCACUGUCAGGAAGAUAACGAGGAGGACUGCAACUAUACCCCCAAGAAGCGGCACAAGGUUCCCACAGAGAACCAGACCGCCACUCCCAAGGGCGACGGAAACAUGACGCCCUACGCAUCGAAGACCGCUUCCUUCCUCGUCUCUGAGGUACCCUCGGACCACGAGGCUGAAGUCCCGGCAGAAAGCUCCACCGCCCCCAACGGGAACGGUGCUACUCCGGCCAACAAACACACGUUCGAGAGCGAGCUGCGAACAGAGCCGCAGAUUAAGCAAUAUAAGCCACCUGGCUCACCAACCCCUGGCGACGACAACGCUAUGGAUGUCGAUUCGGAGAUGUUCCAGCAAGUUGGUCCAGACGGGGUGGUGACUUGGGUGCGCAAGCUUGCAUUGCCACCGCUUGCGGCGAAGAGUAGUUCCUCUACGAGCGCCAGUGCGAGUGGCUCGGGCUAUCAUCGCCCCUUCGUCCUCGACCAGGGCAUGAUCGUCACAACACCGCACAUCGAUCCCUGGACACAUCCAUCCUUCGCACCUCUUCCGACAGCCGUCCUGCAAACGCUUGUCGCCAUCACAGCCAUCGAGAUGCCGGCCCGCCACGCAUUCGACGAGGCUCUCGUCCGGUUCGUGGGUGGUUUGGCACCGGAACUGCGCGAGACAGCCACGUUCAUUCCCGAUGUCUACGCCGAUGUCGCACACGCUAUCACUGAAGGUCGCAUAUCCGAGCUCUCGGUCCGACUACAGCUCUGGGCGAGCUGUCACCACGCAAGGUCAGGUUCGCACAAGCAGCACCUGCUCAUCCUUCCGCGGGACGCGUACUAUAACAUGGACCGCGCAGACGAGGAGAGCCUCCGCACUCACUACGCUGCUCUCACGGAUGGCGAGCCCGUUCCGCUCAAGCCGGAGGACCCGGUGGCGGGAAGCUUGGCUACGCCGGACCCGGUGGCGGUAUUUGAUCGUGUACCCGUGCAGCAGCAGAUAUACGACGUGUUGGUGUACACACAUAGGAACCACAGCACUGCUCCGAGCAUGCUGUCGGAGGCCAGGCGGAUAGGCGUCGCGACGAUUACUUGGCCGAUGGUGGAGAUCUUCACUCGACUGUGUCCUCUUUGCAAGAUGCGCGGCAAGAACAGCACACGUGCCGCAGUCUCGGAGGAGGACCCUUCGGCGUCGUCUGCCUCGCGGUCGCACUCGCACGUUUCCAAGCGAUAAUUUGGCCCCCGCUGACGCGGCUACUGUAUCUUUAUUUAGGACAUCUACUUCGCCGCACGAUACAUCAUGAUCUACACGCUAGCAGUCUUUGAUGUAUGCCUCGUAGUAUUGGUCGCAAUCGGGAUGGGAUUCGUUUGUACUUAACAUUUAUUCACUCUCGUCGUGUAGUCAGUGCUCCUCUCCUGCCUUGGUGAUGAUAUGAGUUCAGUAUUGUUGCUGUACUGUACCGGCUUGCUCCGCUUGUAUCGCCGCUGCUAAAUAGCCCGACUCGGAAUGGACAACACGUUGUCCCCCGGCC